AGAAGAGAGAAGAGAGAAGAGAGAAGAGAGAAUAGAGGAAGAAGAGGUAUAAGAAGAAGAAGAAGAUGAUGAUGAUGAUGAGAGGAAGAAGAGGAAGAGGAGGAGAGGAGGCUUCUUAUAGCCAGGUCGAGCUGCGUUAUCUCUGUUCUUAGCCGCAUUUCUUCUCAGUCGCUUCUUUGUUUUUCUUCCUUUCUCGGCUCCGGAUCCGCCGCUCACAGCCGCUCCGGUGCCGGCUCUGUUUACUGUCUGCUGAUUUAUAUAUCGCUGAUAUCGCUGAUAUCACUGAUAUCACUGCUAUCACGAUACAGACAUCGACAUCAACAACAAUGCCCUUCGGCAUCAUCGAGCCCCCCUCAGACUCCCCUGUGCCCGGUACCGUCCAUCUCUACGACGGCCUCUCCUUCAACUCAAACCUCGAACUCGGCUCUGCUCCCAUCUCCCAGUCCAGACUCAAGCGCGAUGGAGACAUCAUCCUCGUCCCUCAGCCAUCAGACUCCAUCAAUGAUCCUCUCAAUUGGUCUACCAGGAAGAAGGAUCUCGUCCUCACCGUCCUAUGCCUCGCCUCUAUCAUGAGCGCGGUCGUCUCCCCCCUCAUCGCCUCCGUCUCUACCGCCCUCGUCGUCUACUUCCGCAAAGGCUUCGGCGCAAUCGCCCUCCUCACCGGCUGGUACCUCUUCUCCGGCGCCAUCGUCUCCCUCUUCAUCACCGCCAUCGCCGUCAAAUACGGCAAACGCUUCCCCUACCUCUUGGCCUGCGUCAUCCUCGUCGCCUCCUCCGCCUGGGCUGGCGCCGCCACCUCCUACAAAUCCUUCCUCUGGUCCCGCAUCCUCCAAGGCGCCUCCCUCGCCCCCUUUGAAGUCCUCGUCAACACCUCCAUCGGCGACCUCUACUUUGUCCAUCAGCGCGGCUACCGUCUCGCCAUCGCAAACCUCUGCCUCUUUGGCUCUACCUUCCUCGCCCCUAUCAUUGCAGGUCACAUUGCAGACAAAAUGGGCUGGCACUGGCUGUUCUGGUUUGUCCUCAUAUUCUCCUCCAUCACCCUCAUCCUCGUCUUCUUCUUCCUCCCCGAACACGUCUACAAACGCGACCAUGUCUUUGACACCGACAUCGAAGGCGAGCGCGACCUCAUCGACCGCGUCGCCGCCACAACCACUCCUCCCCCCGAUCCCAAUGACGAAGAGAAACCUGAAGGUGUAACCGACUCCACAGAACACCCAGAAACAUACCUCCACUCCCUCCGUCUCUUCUCCGGCUCGAAAACCGACCGCCCGCUCUGGAAAAUCUUCCUCAGACCCUUCGUCCUCAUCUUCCACCCCGGCGUCAUCUUCGCCGCCCUCACCCAAGCCCCGCUCAUCGCCUGGACCGUCACCAUCGGCGUCGUCCUCGCCGCCAUCUUCCUCGGCCCCCCGCUCUGGUACACCGAAGUCAACGUGGGCAACAUGUACACCGGCGCCCUCAUCGGCUCUCUAAUCGGCUUCGUCAUCGCCGGCGCGCUCUCGGAUUACCUCGCCAAACUGCUCUCGCGCCGCAACAACAACGUCUACGAGCCCGAAUUCCGCGUGCUGCUCGUCAUCCCGCAAUUUGUCUGCGGCGUCGUCGGCAUCUGGGGCUUUGGCGCGACCGCAAACAACCUCUACAAAUACUCAAAGUACCUCCCGCCCUUCUUCUUCGGCGUCGAGACAUGCGGCAUGAUUAUUGGCGCCGUCGCCUCCGGCGCCUACAUCACCGACGCGCACCGCGACAUCCAGGUCGAAGCCUUCGUCGUGCUAGUGCUGGUCAAGAACUUUGUCAGUUUUGCGCUGACGGAUCGCGCGUACGAGUGGCUUGUGAAAGCGGGCGUGAUGCACUGCUUCGUGGUCGCGGGCUCGAUCCAGUGCGCGGUAUCGGUGCUUACGAUUUUGUAUUAUUUUGUGGGAAAGUAUUGUCGGUAUUGGGCGCAUCGGCAUAGUUUGCUGAGGGCGCUUAAGCUGGAUUGAUGCCUUAAACUGGAUUGAUUUGCUGUUGUUUGUUGUUUGUAUAUCACGCUUUGAAUACACAUGUACAUUUGA